UUUGUGGGCUAAGAUAUGACACGCCAAGACAAAAACUUGGAAAGAGGACUGACCAGAAAACACACCAUUAUCCAUUACCAUUAUUCAUUAUCCAAUUUCCUUCUUCUUCUUCUUCUUCUUCAUCCAACUCCAAAUGCUUUCCCACCUUCUCUUCUUCUUCUUCUUCCUCUCAUCACAACCAAAAUGCCCAUCUUAUUCACUUCCACUCCCACUCACAUUUCCUUUCUCUCCCACCUCUGCAAAUGCAAUCCCACUACCACUGAUGCCACCCUCUCACUCUCUUCUUCAUCAUUUUCUUCUCUCUUAAACCCACUGAGGAGGAAGAUAAGGCUGCCCAUUUGCUUCUCCUCCUCCUCCACCAGCAGCAGCAGUGAGGUCUUUGAACGCCGCCCUGAUAGAGAAGCUGCAGCUGCAGCAGCAGCUGCCAGAGCACUUGAAGAAACCUCUGCAGCCUCCUCAGAGGCACUUAGACAAGCUCGGAGGUCUGCUGAUUGGAAAGCAGCAAAGAGUUACAAUGAUGAUCGGCGAAUCUAUGAAGGCAGGAUCGAAGGUUUUAACAAUGGAGGAUUGCUGAUAAAAUUUCGUAGUUUAGUCGGGUUUCUCCCAUAUCCUCAAUUGAGCCCUUCACAUUUUUUUAAAGAAGAACCACGCCGAACUCCCCAAGAUGUGGCUAGAAGUUUAAUCGGUUCACUUAUAGCGGUGAAGGUGAUUCAAGCUGAUGAAGAGAACAGAAAAUUGAUAUUUUCCGAAAAGGAAGCUGUUUGGUCUAAGUUUUCUGAUCAAGUUGACAUAGGAGACAUUUAUGAAGGAAAGGUUGGUUCUGUGGAGGAUUAUGGUGCAUUUGUUCACUUGCGAUUUCCCGAUGGUCUUUAUCAUCUCACUGGACUAGUGCAUGUUUCCGAGGUUUCGUGGGAUUUAGUACAAGAUGUAAGGGAUAUUCUUUCCGAGGGCGAUGAUGUAAGGGUCAAAGUCCUUAGUAUUGAUAGACAAAAGCCGAGGAUGACACUGUCAAUCAAACAGUUAGAAGAAGAUCCACUUCUUGAAACAUUGGAUAAAGUAAUACCGCAGGAUGGAGCAGAUGGUUCUGAUUCUUUAAAUACGAGCAGUAUUAGUAAUAUCGAACCACUUCAAGGACUCGAAACAAUUUUCGAAGAGCUACUAAAGGAAGACGGCGUAUAUGACGUGAGAAUUACUCGCCAAGGAUUCGAGAAACGGGUGGUUUCACAAGACCUACAGCUUUGGCUUUCCAAUGCACCUGCUACCGACGAAAAGUCUACUCUUCUUGCUCGUGCCGGAAGACAGGUUCAAGAAAUACAACUGACAACAUCACUCGAUCAAGAAGGUAUCAAAAAGGCGUUGCAGCGAGUUUUGGAACGAAUACCAUGAUUAAAAACACGAAUAAAAAAUCUUCUAUCUCCAAAUUACACCAUUUCUCCUUGUCCCGCGAUACUCAAUACUCGAAAUUUCGGAGAGGAGAAGUGUAAUUUGGAGGCAGAAGAUGAUUUCUUUUCGAUUCGAGAUAUAGUUAUAUAUGUAAUUCUCUUUCCCUCCUAUUAUUGUUGUUGUGAUUCUCUGUUUGUACAGAAAUUUAUUUGUAACAUUAACCAUUUUGUCCUAAUGAGAGCUCUACUUGAGGUUGAUUUGUAUAAGAACAAUUAUAAUGAAGGAAGCUCAUUUUAUUUUUAUCUCCAA